AAGAAGGGUUGAAUGGGGUUGAAGAGGAUUGAAAAGUUCAGAUAAAUUGCAGUUCUUGGCUUCUUCUGGCUCUCAAAACAAGCUAAUCUGCCGCGUGUUUUAUCGAUUUGCUGUGCCUGAUGUCGCAAGUGGUGUUAAAAGUGUGAAUAUUGUGAAUCAAAUUGGAGAAUUGCUUGUUGGUUGAGGUUAAAAUUGGGUGCUUUCUUCAGGAGGGCGGGCAGUAAAAACGAAUUGACUCCGUGUUUGGUCAGGAUUCUCCGCCCAGGCAUGUUAUUCACAUUUUACUACAUGGCCGCAACGUGGGUUCAGUCGUGGCGAUUGAGGUCCGUGUUCCUGCGGAUCACCAGCAAAUUGAAGGAGGGAAUGAGUGUGGUGUUUUACAAUUUGCCCACAGAUCUCAAUGAAGUCACCAACACUCCGGUGUCCUCGGAACUGUGCUCCAACAGCCUUCAGGCGCGCAUCAGAGACGUCCUGUGGCACAAUGGCACGCAGCGCGGAUGCACGCUGUUCCCCAAGCAGACUGUCUAUCUGAGUCCGUGGAUUUCCUUCCCGAAGCCACCCACACUGGUGCCCUUCUCCUGCCAGAGCAACGGCCUGGCGGUGGACGAGGAGUCGCAAGUGUAUCUCCUGCUGGAGACGGACACACUGCCCGUGAGCAGCGAGAGCAGUUUGCAGCUCCUGAUCGAGGGCUAUGGCGAGCCGAUCGCCUGGAAAGUGGACUCACACAUCGCCGUGAUCCUCAAAUCCGACUUGAGACGAUUUACCGAAAUAAUUAUGGCCUCUUUUAUGCAAGCCUGCCUCGUAAUCAACGACAAUUUGCCUCUAACUCGCAUUCAAUCUGUGGGUGUCGAAGGGUGUCCUCAGCCGUUUGAUUUGGUGCAGAAUCACGCAAAAAAGGAAUUCAUUAGUCGUGCCAUGAGGAAUUUGUCGCCUAUUCAGUGGGAGAAGCACUUGUCAGGCCUCCGGGGCCUAGCGAUUCUUGCACAACAAGCGUCAGAGUAUGAGCUGAACAAGAACAGGACGGAGGGAAAGAGUGGCAUUGUGAAGCCAGAUCUCAUUCCAGCCACAAAACCACCGGAAAGCAUUCAAGUCCUCAAAUCGCCCAACAGAAUGAGACUCGAGCCUCUGGAGUCGACGAGCAGCGGCUCCACAAAGGCCAAAGAUAUGUCCAAAGUAUCACCGAGAACCUCACCCAAGACUAGUCCGAUGAAGAAGAUUGAGGAGGUGGAUGAAGCGCCACUGGCCACACCGCCAGUAGUGGCUGAGACGAAGGAAACGGUGGCCAAGAAGCCACUUCUCAAGCGCACGAAGGCAUCGCAGGGCUGCAAUUCUGCCGUCAUCAGCAAACCACCGAAUAUUCUCGUGUAUUCAGACUCACUCGUGACGCGAGACAACGUCAUUGGCACACUGCAGGAUGUCCUGGAGGAGGACACGUACACGAUUUACCCGCUCACGGUGUGCCAAGUGAAGAAUCGCAUCUGGAUGGACAAUGUGUCGCUGCUGGUGGUCUGUGGGAAUGUGAUUGACGGCGUGGCUGCUCCGCUGCAGGACUUCUUCCUGGGCGGCGGCAGGAUUCUCUGCAUCUGCAGCGAUCUCAUUCACAUCGUGCUGCCCACGUAUCGCACGGCGGAGGUGAGGGAGCACGAGCUGGUGCAAUUCUCCUACGGCCGGUGGCGUCAAGUGAGGAUGUGCCAUCACAUCUUCUGCUACCAACCGUCGCCGGUGAAGAAGAACUUCUCACACGACAGCGACGAAGGCGCAGCUCCAGCGUCCGAACCCAGCGCCUCAUCGUUCAACGCAAAACCACUCAUAGUGUGUCCAAGGUCUGUGGAAGUUCCCGACGGGAGCGGCACGAUGCACAGUGUGGAUGUUCAGGUGCUGGGCACGGAAGAGACCUGGCAGACGCCUAGUUUGGUGCUGGCGCACAAUUCUGCCAGCGAUGGAAAGGCCAUUUUCUCUCAAGUGCAUCUCGAGGCUGAUCCGCUGCAGUUUGAGAAUGACGACAGUAAAUUCAGAGUUCUCAAGCAAAGCAAUGACGCCAGGCUGGAAAUCUUGAUGGAUUUGCUUGGAUCGCACUUGAAUAUGCGCGUGAGGCGCGCUGACGCCGUGCAGAAGGUGGCAAAGUUCACCAAUGGCUUCUUUCUGGGACGCCAUGAGGCCAAGAUUGAGAUGCUGAAGAAUCUGUCUGAUCAAAUGACCGCGGAGAAAACACUCAAGAUUGCCGAUUUGACUGUAAAGUUUUGCGAAAGAACCGAUCAAAUCCCACCGGCGACCAGCAAUCUUCUUCCAAUUCUCGUGCAUUCCUGCCCAGAGGAUUUCUCCACCGUGGAAUAUUUCGACACUCUGAGCACGGAGAGCGUUGGCAGGCUCGUGAUCUACGUGCCGAUCAUCACGAGCUCCAUGGCGGUGGUGGAUGGCCUGCGCCUGGGCCACGGCGUGGUGGUGAUUCCGCGCCAUCAGACGCAGGGCGUGGGCAGGAGCGCCAACCAGUGGCUGAGUCCGGACGGAUGCCUGAUGUUCACCGUGCAGCUGUGCGUGCCGCUGGCCAGCCGUCUGGGCCGGAGGAUCUCGCUGGUGCAGCACUUGGUGGCCACGGCGAUGGUCAGCGCCGUCCACGGACUCGGCCAGGGAUAUCAGGAUCUGGACAUUCGCCUCAAGUGGCCAAAUGAUAUUUAUGCCAAUGGAACGGUGAAGAUUGGCGGCCUCAUCACAACAUCCGUCGUCGAGGGUCAGACGGCCGUCUGCAACAUUGGCUGUGGCUUCAAUCUGGACAAUUCCAAUCCAACGCUCUGUCUCAAUGACCUGAUUCGCGAGCAGAACGUGCAGACGAAGGGAAAACUGCCGCUGCUGCACUACGAACGAAUGCUGGCGCUGAUGUUCAACGAGAUUGAGCGAAUCUUCAACACCGUCCAAGACGGAUCGCCAGGAUUGGACUACUUGUAUGAGUUGUACUACAAAUUCUGGCUCCACAGCGGCGUCGAAGUGGAGAUUGUCAACGACAAAGGCGAACACAGGAAUGCCAAAGUGAUUGGAAUUGACGAUUUUGGCUACCUGAAGGUGCAGACAGACGGCAAAAGGGCUGAAUCCGUUCAUCCCGAUGGCAACAGCUUCGACAUGCUGAAGGGAUUAAUCCUACCGAAAAACCACUAAACAUUUUUCCUCUUUGGCAAAUGCAUUAAUCAUUCCUUUUUGGCUAUUCUAAAUAAUAUAAAAAACAAGCAAAUUUGUAGAUCAUCGUUGAGCAAAUGUGAUUCACGCGGAUUUAAAACUUAAAGAAAUUAAAAAUGAGAGUCUAAAUCAACGGGUGAAUUGAAAAACUAUGAAAAUUCAAAAUUGUCCUUCUUCAGGGAGAACAAAUUGAAAAUAUAGCAUUAAAAUUGCUGCGAAAUUUACCUUAAAACAUCUUUGAAUUGUUCACUAGAAUGCUAAUAUUGCUCUGUAAUAAUUAUUUUGUGAAUGUUUUCAGUUGAUUUUAUUGGUAUAAAUUAAAUUUUUUUUUGAUUAAAACAUAGCAAAACAAGGGGGAGAUAUUGUGGGUCGGAAGUGGUGUACAGCUUGAAAGUGAAAGUGGCAAAAUAUAUUAGAAUAUUUGCACUGAAAAAGCUUCAAUUUCAACCAAAUUGAGGCAUUUUCUUAAUUAAUUUUGCUUAAAAAUCAAUUUUAUCGCUUUUUUGAGGUUUUGUGAUUAAAUUAAAAUAGAUUAAAAUAUCAAAUUUCUCUCUUUCUUGGCAGAUUUGAGCAUUUUUGUGCGAAAUAACUUCAUAUUGAUUGAGAAAAAGCUUUAAAAUCAACCAUAACCUCAAAAAUAUCACUUAAAUGCAGAAAAAUGUCUCUUUUCAUUGGUUAUUUUCGCGGUUUUUACUGUACAAGAAUAUUUGCAUUUCAAAAGCUUUCGUUUAAACAAAUUGAGACAUUUCUAAAAAUAAUCGUGCCUAGAAAAAUCAAUUUGUUCGCUUCAUUUUUAGGUUAUAUGAUAAAAAAAGGCCUCAAAAUCAUCUAAUUUGUAUUAAAACUGAGAAUUUUUCUCUUUUCUUGUCAAAAUUAAGUAUUUGCGUUCGAAAAACUUAAGAUUAGGUUAGAAAACAGCUUAAAAGUCAAACAUAACCUCAAAAAAUUCCAAGAAAAUUCUCUUUGUUUAGUUAUUUUCGCGGUUUGUGAUCUAAAGUGUCAAAUUUAACCUCAUUUUUUAGUGGAAAUAUUGUGAUUUUCGCCAUUUUUAGUCAUUUCCAGACUUGAAGUAUAUUUUUGAUCAAAAUUCAUAACCUCACAAUUUAUUCAGAAUCUUUUUUCAAGCAUUUUCUGAUGAAUAAACAAGAAAAUCAAGACAGAAAUGCAUUUUUAAGGGCGUUAAGAAGUGUCUGAAAGUGUUGAAGAUUCUGCAUAAGAGUUGCAGAAGUGUUUCGGAAGUGAUGUACACUGUUUAGCCGUAUUAUCUUCCCCUUGUAGCAAAAUGUGUGGAAAAAUGGAAAAUAUUAGUUUCCAAAGUCCAUUUUUAACAGUCUUUGAGUGAAUUUUGAUCAAAAAUCAUUCACAGUCUAAGAAAGUUUAAGGAAAACUUCUGAAAAUUUAGAAUUAUGUUUAUCAAAGACAUCAUUUUAGGCGAAUUAACUGCAAUUUGGGACAAUUUUCCACAAGAAAUUGAUGAAAAUGGACUUUUCUUCCGUUUUCAAUUCACUCGUCGAAAGGCCUUAAGAGAAUAAUUCACUAAAGAAUAAUUUUUACGCAUCGAAAAGUGCGUUUCUUUCGAUCAAACAAACAAUUUCAAUGUCUUCGUGUUAACAUUUUAUGAGAAAAAAAGAAAACAAAACGUCUCAAAGGCUAAAUUGAAAGCAAAGAGAAAAAAAGUGUAAUUCUGUUGUAUUUAUUCAUGCGAAUUAAUUGUUUUUUAUUUAAUAGUUAGAAAAUGUACUGUAAUGAAUUUAUCGAGCAUGUAAAGUCAGAGAUGAAUUCUCGGCUGGAGAGUGAAAAAGAGAGAAUAAAGUCAAUAUAUAUAUAUACUGA